CUUCCCAGACAUUCCCGAACCACCACAAAGCCUGCUCCAAACCCCCCAUCCGAUCGCAUUAAGAACCCACAACAACGCACAAUGAGCGGACUAACGGACGAGGCGGCCGUUGAAGGCCACGACCUCAUUCAGCACGUUGAGGAGGAAGCACAGAUGCGCCCUCGAGAAGACACAAAGGCCGGUCAGAAGGAGGACGCCGCUCUGGAGAGCACAACGGCCGGUCAGAAGGAGGACGCCGCCGCUCGGGAGGGCGCAACGGCCGGUCAGAAGGAGGACGACGCCCCUCGGGAGAGCACGACGGCCGGUCAGGAGGACGUCGCUGGCGUCUCGAAGAGCUCUUCGAAGAUUGACAGCAUCAGAGAGGCUCUGCAUUUGAAGAAAUAAGUCGGAGGACGGUGGGCUCGAUGGUCAAGUUUGGCAAGGUCGAGUGAGCGUAUGGCCUCACUGAUGUCUUGCCCUUGUGCUGUAUCAGUAUGUUUACGAGUCAGAAUUGAAUUCACUCUUGUUGAAUGAAUGAUGGAUUGAUUAAAGAAACUAUCUAACAGAGAGAGUGUGGCUAUUAUCUAUAGACUACAGGAAACCUGAAUAAGCU